GUGGUGUUCUCGACGCGGUUCUCUUUCCAAUCGAGUCGAUGUUUCUACAACGGCGUAGUAAAGUCGUGAUUGGGGAGGUGCUCACCUUCCCUACGCCACACCGCGGCCCGUCAACACUAGGCUGCGUCACAGGGCUUCCUGUGACAGAAGCUGUGGUUGGAGGUGGAAAAUGUCAGCGGGGCACCAAAAGGAAGGGGCCAAAGAAUGAGUGUAAGAAAGAAAGAGAGAGAGAGAGAGAGUUUUAGACAGAAAAGGGACAGAAACCAAAGAAGGGGGGAAUCUACCACAGUCCGGCAAAGCGGGGGGGAGAAUGUGUGUCCUCGUCGGGACGCACUGCUGUCUUCUCUAAGCCGAGCGAAUCAGGUACACUCAGUCCGACCCGCAGUUGUGAUGAUCGUAACGGUCCAUCUCUAUCUGACCCUGGGCAUCGUGUUUUCACUGCACGCUCCCGACUGUGAGGCAGCCUUGCAAGGGUUCUCCUGCGUGAAUGACUUCAUCGACAAAGUUACUUGCACGGGGAACAGGUUUUCCGUGGAUCCCGGUCUGGACUGCUGGAUCAGAGGCCACAAGAAAGUAAAAUCCAGAAUCAUCAGCCAAAGCUGCAGGGUGAAAGAUCACGCCGACUCGCCUCCAGGAUGUAGUUUUGUCUUUGAAAGUCACAAGUUCACCCCCUUUGAAGUGAUGCCCAACAUCAGUCUGACAUGUGACCGGCGGUUGGUGUCGAGCCUCAAAGACUAUGACGUCACAAGCCACAUUCAAAUGCAUCCCCCGGGCCCCGCUAAUGUCACCCGCAUCGACAAUGACACGGUGAUUUGGUGGGGUCCCAGCAGCCCCCUGUCUGUGUUCCUCGACGUAUUCGACUACGAGGUUCAAAUCCAACAAACCGGCCCGAAAUUGAAGGAGCCCACCACAUUGCUCACCAACGAAGCACAGGUACAGAUCCCUGCCUGGCUAAAAGGCGAGUACCAGCUUCGGGUGAGAGUGAAGCCAGCAAACAGAGAAGGGAGCCAGUGGAGUGAAUGGAGUCCUACCACAACAUGGGUGACAGAAUCGGACACUGAAGGUCGGGGUCCGGAUCCAACUUUUUUAACACUCACUGUUUUCAUCAUCUCGGCUGUCUUCAUCGUCGUGGUGCUGGCCGUUCAUAAAUGUGUUGUCAGCAAAAGGCUCCUCAAAGCAAAACCAGUACCUAAUCCUUCCAAAUACUUUCAAUCACUUCACUCUGUCCACAGUGGGAAUCUGAAGAAAUGGCUGAAUCCUCAUUGUGCUGCUGAAAUCCUGGACGCUACCCAGCCUCUAGACCACAUCUCCCCAGUGGAGGUGUGUGAGAGCUGGGGUACGGGUCCUUCCACCUGUGUCCCACCUCCUCCGAGCCCACUGCAGCCAAACUCUUCCUCUUCCGCUUCCUCAUGCUUCUCCAACUUUGACUACUUUGUGUCGGCCUCCUCCGGCAGCUCCCUUCAAACUAAUCCCAACCCCGCCUACUUCACCUACAAGGACGACGCCCACAUUCUGCACAAUCCGCAAAACCUCCACCUCUCUCUACACCCGUGCCCGGCCUUCACUGAUGAAUCUCUGAGCUGCGACAUCUCAAAGAGUGGCGCACAAAGCCCAGAUUCAGGCUUUUGCACUGGAAAAGAAGACAUCAAAGGACAAGAGGAGGAUCAUCUCAGUUCCUCCCACCUGAGCCUCCCUCUCAAUAUUCCCGUCCAGAUAAGCCGUCCCUCCUCUCCUCCUUCUCUGUCUCAGAUAUCAUCAAAUAACGCUGUUACGCAACCAGCCAUGCCUGCUGCUAAUGUCGCCGCUGGAAGCUGGGCUGUUGCGAGUGCAAUGUACAGGUCUUCCUCCAUGCCGGUGGAGUCCAACAAAGCGGGUUAUUUCAUCCUCCAAGAGAUACAAACUACUUUCAGCAACGUGUCUAUCUGAGCUCUGCGUACGCACGAUUCUCCUUGUUGCUGCUGAGAACCAAGAUAUACUCAAAAAUGUGAAAAAAAAUUGAAUAUAUAAUUCACUUUAUCACAUUUUCACGUUUCAUAAUUGACUAAAAUACAAAUAUGAGCCAUUCAAAGAUGUUGUGAUGUGUAGUAUUAUAUUAUUAACCGGUCACAAGGUGUCAGCAAUGUUACCGCUGAGACACACAAGCACCAGACUCCAUCGCCGGUGACUAUUAUUCCAGAUUUGAAUGAUAUGAUCUCACAAAAGGCACAGUGAUCCCUAACACGAGCUGUAACCCAUGGCAAGCUAAAACUCAAAUGAGCCCCCAAAAUGAGUCACUUCCUGUCUGCCCCCACACACCCCCCAUUCAGCUCCCCGAGCACAGCAACACACAUGAGUCUAAUUUAUGUCUUAAAUAGUUUAUUUACUCUGAUCAUGUCUACUAUACUGGGUAAUUGGAGUGUAAAGGUGACUAUAUGGGUGUUAUAUUAUAUCUAGAGGGCUCUAAUAAUGUUAACAAAAAUGCUUCCUAUGCUCUAACCAUAAAUAGAUUUUAUUUAAAUUAAUUGAUCAUGGUCGGGUACGGUUUUUGUGUCAGCAGGGGUCGUUAGGUGCUCAUGAUUUGGAUUAUGUUAGUGCUUUCUAAUUAAAAGGUACGCAACAUGUGGGUUGUGUUUUGAAGAACUCUCCUAAAACUCACUUAUUUCACGUUCAGACAAGGUUUAAAUGUGUUAAAAAAAAACGCCAA